AUGAAUAAAUAUGGUUUGACACUUGGAUCAGGCUUUACUUACGCCAACGUCUACAACACAACAACAAACGCCAGCAUCAGGUCCGCCUUCGCUACGGCGGCUUUCAGAAUGGGACACUCCAUGAUCCACAGCUUCAUCAAUAGCUUCAGUCCUUCCUACAUCAACCUCGGUAAGGAUAAAUUAAGUGAGAGUUUCCGCAACACGACCCUUUUUCUUAAUGUCACCAACAGAAAGGUGGAUCAUUAUAUCAGGGGACUAGCUAUGGACGACAUGCAGGAUUCGGACUACAAGCUAUCGCAGGAGAUCACCGACAACCUGUUUGCUGACAGUGAUGGGAAUAGCAUGGACUUGGCUGCUCUCAACAUCCAGAGAGGAAGAGACCACGGACUUCCGUCUUACACCAAGUGGAGGAAGUACUGCAACAUUCCAGAAGCUACACCAUUCUCAGGACUAGCCUACACAACCCACACGGCAAAGGCUGCUGGUCACCUGAAAGACGUGUACAGACAUAUUGACGACAUCGACCUAUUCCCAGGGGCUCUGUCAGAGAAGCCAGUGCCCGGAGGAAUGGUUGGACCGACCUUUACCUGUCUCCUGGCGAAGCAGUUCCAGGCCCUGAAGGCAGGAGACCGAUUCUGGUUUGAAGAGGACAUCGCAAAUGUCAAAUUCACAAAAUACCAGCUGAAUGAGAUCCGGAAAGCGAGUCUGUCCAGGGUAGUGUGCGACAAUACGGACACCUACAAGAUUCAGAAGAACGCUUUCAUCAAAGGAUCUCCCGUGUGGUGCAGCACCCUGGAUGAGAUUAACCUGACACACUGGAGGGAGACCCAGCCCAUGGGUUUGUGGACGACCUGGCAGACAUGGAGCGCAUGUGACGGAGGCCAACAGACGAGGACACGCUCCUGCUCCACCUGCAGCUGUAUUGGCCAGAGUGCUGAGAAGAAGGCGUGCAAUCUGAAUCCGUGUGAUGAAGGAAGCUGGGGUCCAUGGAGUGAGUGCCGCAGAGGAAGACGGUCACGACACUGUUCUUGCACAAACGGGUGUUCGCGGAGGCGGCGUUCAUCGAAUCGGGUGGAUGGCGAAGACGAAGCUGCUGCUAUGUUUGCGCAUCCUCUGUUUGGCGAGGAGGAGAGUAUGACGGUCACUGCCUGUCUGUGUUCUGGUCUUGUCACCCAGGACAUGGCAUGUGCUUAGAUGGCCGUGAGGAAAUCCACGAACGUUCCGAAUUGAGACUCCCAGCAUACACGAAGCAUCAAAU